AUCACUGAACAUGAACUUAGUGAUGACCUGUCAGGCGAGUUCACUCUGUUUUCAGUGUGUAUGGUGUUAAUAGUUCAUUUCACUUUAGCAUUUAGGGUCUGUUUUGACUUUACUCAUGAGGAGUCAUCACUCCAAUAGACAAUCUUUGGAUUUACUUCAUCAUGUUAUCUUAUUGUGUCAGAAACGUCCUAUCAAGGCAGCAAUGCAUCCUAAAAACCUCCCCAUGCACAAUAACACUGGCUCUGCAAAGCUGCAGGAGACCAUGCAGUUCAUCUCCAGGUGAGCAUCUGGAUCAGGUCGGCUCUCUGCUGCAGCUCUGUGUGGACAGGUACUAUGUCUCACCUGGUCAGACCAACACAGAGCUGUUUCAACGGGGCAUGAGCUGCAGCUAUGGGCCCCUGGGUAUGGAGCUGAGGAGGAACCUGCUGGAGCAGUGGUGGCACUCUGUGACCCAGUCCACAGAUCAGGUGUUUGGGAUAAACACUCUGAGCAGCAGCAAGGACACAGAAACAGAUGGACAGAGGCCACUGAGGAUGGUGGAGUCUGAUCAUUUAAAACACAUACUUGAACAGCAAGAAGUGAGCAGGGAGCAGCUCAUCCAGAAGGUACAGGCGCUCAUUCAGAGGUCUCCCUCUCUGAGGACAAGCUUUCUUCAAGGUGCCUUGGAGCAAUUUGUCCCGUCGUUUGAGCUGGUGAACAGGAAGCUGCCCUUUGGCCUGGCUGAGUCGGGUCUGUGUUUCCAGCCCUCAGAUGGCUCCGGUUGCCCAGCUGAGGUCACCCAGACGUCUCUGGUGUGGUUCUGCUCUCCUCGUACCUCUUCCCAGUGGCUGGAUCACUGGGCGCGACAGAGACUGAAGUGGUGGAGGACAUUUGCCCUGUCUCCAUCGGACUUCAGCAGCCGUGACGUCCCAGCGGAGGAACUCGAAGAGGCGGCGUCUCGCGGUGUGAGGAUCAUCUACAGCUUCCCGUGGGGACAGGAGACGUUAGAGACGCUGUGGAGCAGAGGACACACCGAGCUGCUGCACACACACAAAGGAGUCCGUUCCAAACUACAGUGGCGAGAUGGUCGUAAGUCAGUCCCUCACGUCGUCUCAGUAACUGGGAACAUGGACCGCGGUGUGAUGGCCUUCCUGUCCAACUCACUCCAGCAGCUCAAGAGAGAGGACCGCAAGCAGAAGCUGCUGAGGAGAAAGGUCCUGAAGUUGCACCCAGUGUUGGCUCCAGUCAAAGUGGCUUUAGACAUUGGCAGGGGGGCCACUGUGGAGCUGAGGCAGGUUUGUGAAGGGCUUCAGCAGGAGUUUAUGGAGGCUAAGAUCCCUGUGUGGCCUGGGUACCUCGAAACUCUGCCAACGUCAAUGGAGCAGCUGAACGCAAAGUACGAUGAGAUGGGAGUGCUUUUCACAGUGGUGAUCGGUGAGAACACGCUGGAGAGCGGCCUCCUUCAAGUCCGCAGCAGAGACACCACCAUCCGAGAGACCAAGCACGUCUCUGAGAUCAAGAACUUCCUCUGCAGAUACAUUUCUGCUGCCGACAACGUCUGAAUGGACUUUUUGUUUCGGCAACUAAGACUAAAGUCUGAAUAUUGUGCUGCUUUCGUUUUGCGUUUCCUCCUUGAGAGGAAUAUUUCUUCUGAACAGCGCAUUUAAUGGGAAUUUGUCUUUUCCAGAAUUGCCAGAAUUCCUUCUGGUUCAGUGUGACCUCAGUGUGUUCAGGUAUAUUUCGCUGAUUGGUGGCAAUUCUGUACCUCGAAUUUUAAAAGGCUAAGAAGCCUUUUUGUGACCUGGGAAGAACAAGAUUUGUGCAUGUUGCUCAAAGUUUAUGUGGACACACCCAUGGUGCAUGAACCCCAAGUUUCUUAUUGGGUAUGAUAUGGGGACUCAUCCUACAGUCUCCCUCAGCACUUCCAAGGCAAAGAGGUGGAUCAGUACCUGUCUCACUGUCUGAUUUCAACAGGGUGGUAUUUACAUGAUUGGAGGAGAAUUGAGAUCAUUGUUUGCUGUGUUUAUUUCUGUCUCACUUCCUGUUCAAAUAUACAGUGUCUCUUAAAUAUUUGACUUUUUGUAUUUCGGUUUGUAAUGGUCCUUGUGCUCCCUGUGAGUUGUCGUACAUUAAUUGCUUAUUAAUGUGCCACUUGUGAAUCAAUAUUUCUCUUGAGGUUCAAAGAUGAUUCUUGACCCUGGAAAAACUCAUCAAAGGUCCAUUUUGUAGCUGUUCGUGAGCUUUCAAUCAUAUAACAUGAUCUUCAUCAUAUUUCACAUAUAUCUUUAAACUGUAUGCAACAAGGACUUUGAAAUCAUAAUAUUCGUCUAUAGUCACACCAGACAGAUCGUUAAUCGUUUUUAUAAUGCUGAAUAGUGGAUUAUUAUUUCAUUAUUUCUCUCUCUCUUCAGUUCCUCCUGUGCUGUUCUCUGUUAUGACCGAGUUAUAUGUCAUUAUAGAUCAUUUGUUGCUCAUCAGUGCUCUCAGUGAUAUAAAAUAAGAUAAUCCUUUAUUAGUCCCGCAGCGGGGAAAUUUACAGGAUUACAGCAGCAUAGGGUAUAGUGCAAACAAGAGACAUAGUAAAAAAAUAAAUAAAAAAAACAAGAUCAAAAAUAAGUAUUAUAAAUAGCAAAUAAGCAAUAAAAACAGUAAAGAAUCCACAAUAACUGAAAUAUUGUAUAUACAGACAUAACUAUUAUAACUAUAUGUGUAUGUAUAUACAUAUAGGAAAGCCAGCUGGGCAGCUCAUUCAGCCAUCGGCUCAUUCCACCAAAGAGCAGGACGGAGCGCUUCAGAUGCUCAUUUGUGCCCACUGCCAUCAGACUGUACAACAACAGUGGAGACCACAGUCUCUCAUCAUGCUGACAGACUGUGCCCCCCCAUGUGGAUAUACUGUACAUUUUUAUUUUUAUUGUAUAAUAUGUUUUAUUUAUUAUCUGUUUCUAUGUAGUUGAGCUGCUGCAACACCCGAAUUUCAAUAAAGGAAUAUAAUAACUACUUUGAA